CCCUUAAUAGUCUGUGAAAUUAUCGUCUUUAUAUAAUAAUCCCCGUGUACUGUCACAACUUAUUUUACACGUAUCAUAAAUAAAUAAGAAAUAAAAACCACGAUAAAUUUAUGAGUCAGAAAUCUUUCACACUGAAAAGGUGUUCCUUUUUGUUUGCUACAAUAAUUAUCUUCUUGUGCUAAUAAGUUAUGGUGCUUUUAAUUCGCUUAUUUGAUGCUCAAUGUGUUUUCUUUGUGCAAUGGUGGUGUGACAUCAUAAAUGGACCAUAGACAUGGAUGCAUCGCACCAGGCGAAGGAAUGAAAUGCACCGCGCGUAAAAAAGGGACGGUUUCAACUACGCAGCUAUCAAACUACUAUUGAUUUUACAUCAACAAACAAGAUGCAGUCUGCACUGGAUCACAACGCUAGUGGUCGUGUCUCCGUGGAUUUGGACGAGCCAGUAGAAGAGACACCUCUGUUGGAUAUGGCGGGGGAAGAGCAUUCGCGGCUGAAGACCUGGGCCAGCAUUGGCGUGCUGACCCUGGUGUUGUUGGCUGGAAUACUCAUCGGGAUAUACCUACUGGUUCUUCAGAGCAAAGCUGAGCACAUCAUACCGGAUGAAUCUAAGGUCGAGGUGGUGAAACCGAAAUACUUCGACUCGAGCGACUUCUUCUCUGACGAAUACCGACCGAGCCUGGUCGUCAUCAGGGCGGGAGAAACCCACGAGUGCUAUGAAGUCGCUGAGUGUAUCAGGGUCGUACAGGAUAUGGAGGAUGACUUAUUUCCUAAUGGGUAUCUAAGUCCGUUCCAUGUUCUGGCCAUGAGCGACGGCCGGUUCAUGUAUGAUCGCAGCUGGCAUCCUGGAAAAGGCGACACCUUCAUCAUUGCCAUGAUAGGUAACUACACAGAAGGAAAACUACCGAUGAUGGACCAAGUCCACGGGAUUUCAAACUUCAUAUUUUACCACGAGAAACUGGGCCACUUCGAUCCCAAGUACACAAUUGUGGUUGAAACCAACAACUGGUACGUUCUAGACAGCUUCAGGGGCAAUCCACACUUCUGCACCCAAUGCAAACCGAAUUGAGGAUUCUACUCACUAGGCUGAAAAGGUAGAUGUUGGAGUCUGUAUGCUGCCUAAUAAACAGGGUGUAACAAAACUGAUAAUACUUGAGGGUGUGUGAGUGUAUAUAAAGUUCACUGUGAAAGUAGCAGCGCUGAAAGAUCAAUAUUUUUGGGUUUCUAUGGGCAAGCACUUGUGCGUCAGAAAUUUCCCCAUACAAAAGUUUAAAAAAUUGCUCUUUCAGCGCUGCUAAGUACUUUCAGAGUGAAAUCAUUAGGGACUCAUUACUCCCUAAAGUAUUAUCAUUUAGUUUUGUUACACCCUGUAUAACAGGUGAUACAAACAACUGUCACCUGCUAGACAGCUUUAGGACAAUCCACACUUCUGCGCCGACUUAAGGAUUUUACUCUAGGCUGAAAAUAAUGUUGAUGUUAGUAGUUUGUGUGAUGUCAUAUUUGACCAUAUCAUCAUCCAUGUAUUACUUUUUAAACAAACACAUUUCGAACUCAAUUCUAAUGAUAUUGAACUUCGUAAAAAUUCUAUACGGGUCUGUCUCAAACUCAACUGAUGUAUAACUGUACUGACCUAUAUCUGUACAUCUAUGAGCUUAUCUGAAAGACUUAUUUAAACUAUGGAAGCUUAUCAGCCAAUUAAGAGUAAAG